GAAGUAAUUUUUCGUGUUAGUGAGUUGGUGUCGAGGGUUCUUCCAAGAGGAGAAAACUGCACUAGAAAUCGCAUAUUGGGUGCAUCUUCUCUACUUUACCUCGCUUCGUAGAUAACCGUUGUGCAGAACCACGUUCAUUUCACAUUUUCACUCUAGGGUUUCUUCAACUUCAUGGCUUCCCCUACUCAUUUCGACGAUGACUUCGAUUUCUUAGGUGGAUUUGGUGCUAGGCAUUCAGGUAGUAAGAGGUCGUCUCCCGAUUACGACGAUGAAGAUUACGACAACGAUCCUUAUACAACAAAGAAGGCUAAAUCAAAAGCUGAAGAAGCCUCUGGUGUAACAACAGGAAUGAUUUUGUCACUGCGUGAGAGUCUUCAGAACUGUAAGGAUACACUUGUGACAUGCCAAAAUGAACUUGAGGCUGCAAAAUCUGAGAUUCAGAGUUGGCAUUCUACACUUAAAAAUGAGCCUUCUGUACCUGCUGGGGUCACUCCAGAUCCCAAAAUGUUGAUUAAUCAUCUUCAUACCUUGAAAACCUCUGAAGAAUCUUUAAGAGAGCAGCUUGAAAAGGCGAAGAAAAAGGAAGCUGCAUUCAUUGUAACAUUUGCAAAACGAGAACAGGAGUUAACCGAGUUGAAGUCUGCUGUGUGGGAUCUGAAAGUGCAACUCAAGCCACCGUCUAUGCAGGCUCGGAGGUUGUUACUAGAUCCAGCUGUUCAUGAAGAGUUCACUCGUUUAAAGAAUUUAGUCGAGGAAAAGGAUAAAAAAGUAAAGGAGUUGCAAGAUAACAUUGCUGCUAUGAAUUUUACUCCCCAAAGCAAGAUGGGGAAGAUGCUGAUGGCUAAAUGUAGAACCCUACAGGAGGAAAAUGAGGAGAUUGGAAAUCAAGCUUCUGAGGGGAAGAUACAUGAAUUAGGAAUGAAGCUGGCAUUGCAGAAGACCCAGAAUUCACAGCUUAGAAGUCAAUUUGAAGGGUUGCAGAAGCACAUGGAAGGACUGACAAAUGAUGUGGAAAGAUCCAACGAAACGGUUCUGAUGUUACAAGAUAAACUCGAAGAGAAGGAUCGGGAAAUCCAAAGACUGAAACAUGAGCUUCAGCAGAAAAACGUAGAGAAUGCAAGGUCAGAUGCUGCUUUGACCAGAAAUGACGAUAAUGAGACGACAGCUGGAGAGGCUGCUAACUAAUUUGACAGUAUAAUUUUUUGUAGGAAACGAUUGUUUUUCAUUUUAAUGUCUUUAUACUCUUGUACAUUAUGUUAAUAAUUUUUUUUUGCAUAUUUAUGAGGAAUGCUUAUGCUUCCACUUUGAGUGGAAAUAUAGUCCUCGUAUUUGAA